AAAAUCUGUCAAUCUGUGCUAUUAAUAGGUUAAGCAAUCUGUCCUUUGUUUAUUGUCCCGAAAUUGACAAACAUAUUCUCAAUUUCCAAAGUUUUUCUAGUUUGUGCACUUCACUAAUAACUAAUAUGAAAUCACAGAUGAGUUAUUCUUAUGGUUUAAUUUCUAAUACUUAUACAAUAAUGAAUGUACCUUUAAUUUUUAAAAUUCUGUACCGAGUGCCGGCUUAGUGUAUUAAUGCGUUCUUUAGUGUUAUCCGUAUAAUAAUCAUAUUUAUUUUUGACAAUAAUAUUAUAACCUAGGGACGCAAAGUUACAAAACUAAAAAUGAAUACACAUGUUUGCAUUAAUUGCAACAAUAAAAAAACAAUCAACCAUACUGAUAAUAGGCUAGUGACAGAGAGUUGUGGUCAUGUAAAGUGUAUGGAUUGUCUCUUACAAGAAAAAUCUGGUUGUGUCGCCUGUAGUGAGCGUAAGAUUAGUCAAGUACAUGGCUCCAAAUUAGAAGCAACCGAACUAAUAGAUGCGUCUAUUAGUAAUUCAGAUGAUAAAAAAGCUGAAUGUAAUGAUUUAAAUAGUAUAGCACCAGAAACUGGUCAUAUCAAAGUAGAAACAGAUAUGUCUGGUAUAAAAUACUAUCUAUGUACCAUUUGCAAUAAAAAGUUACAGACUCGUAAACACACAAUUUAUCAUGCAUACUGCAAUGGACAAAAGAAACCGUACCAAUGUACGGAAUGUAAUCAGGGUUUUGUGUCUCAAUCUCAUUACAAAUAUCACAUGAGGGUUCAUCGGAAUGAAAAGAUAUACCCGUGCGACGUGUGCGGUUCGAGCUUCGUGCAGAUGUCUAAAUUGAAACGCCAUAAGCUGAAACAUUCGAACGAGAGAACAUUUUCGUGUCCUCAAUGCGGAAAAUCUUUCAACAACGCGACUGCUCUACGCAAACACAGUUUGACCCACUCGGAGGAGAAGCCCUUCGCGUGCGAGACCUGCGGCAAGAAGUUCCGAGACAAGUCCAACUACCGGAAGCACUUGAUGCGGCACCGCGACGCGAGCGCGACGCAGGAAGGGCCCCGCGGCGCCGGCCGGAGCCACCAGUGCCCGCGCUGCCCUCGCGCCUUCCACUCGCGCAAGGACAUGCGUCGCCAUCUAGCGGUGCAUACAGAUUCGAAGCCGUUCCGCUGCAAGCUCUGCGAGCGCCAGUUCCGCCGCAAGGACAACCUGGAAAGGCAUAUCCGCAACACGCAUCCCGAGGUGUACGCGCCUUCGAGCGCCGUUCUCUGCGAGAGCCGAGCGCCCGAGGCGUCGGUGGAGCCCGAGGUGACGGCGGAGCCCGAGGCUUCCGAGGAGCCCGCCGCCGACGCCCGGUCAAUCCUCGAGGCAAAUAACGCGCGACGGAGUGUGAUCGUGGAGAAGCGGAGGACGGCGGCCGAGGCGCCGAAGCCGGUCCAGGAGGACGAGUACGUGCACAAGAUCCGGAAGGCCGUGGUGCCCCUGCCUCCCAUCGACCAGGAGAAGUUCCAGAGCGUGAGACGAGGCAUCCCGCCCGAGGACCCGGCGCCGCCGAUCAGGAACGUCGAGAUUUACCAGAAGAUCCUCUACGGCCGCGCCCUGCACAGCCCCAAGGCGCUUUGGCGGAGGAAGAUGGAGGAAAACACCGUCUGAAUUGCUACAGGACUUUAAUCUUUAGUGCCGCGAGGCCGCGGGCCGCCUUUGAUUAAUGAAGUGAGAUUUUUGGCCAAAAAUGUUAAUUGAUCUCGAACGUUAAAACAUAUCAUUGAUUUUAUGUUGAUUAAUAUUUAAUAAAGAUGAAUUCACCUUUUAAAGGAAAGAAAUUUAAGAAUUCGUUGUCAAAAAUUUUAUUAAACUCAUGAUUCGUUUACUUUAUUACACUCGCUCUUGCGAUUCAGUAUACGGCAUACGGCGAUAUUAAACGAUAGAGAGAUAGCUUAACACUAUUAUUAUAGAGAGAACAGAUGUUUGGAGUAAAUUCAAAAACUACUAAACUUUCACUUAACAGUAUAAUAUUAGAUAUAAAUAUACAAAAAGUUCAAACCCAGUGAAAAGUUAACGGGAUAUAUCUAAUGUACUAAUUUAUUUGCGUGCAGCAGAGCUGGAGUUGCUAUUUAAAUAUAAACUAUGAAACAUAAUUUUUUAUUAUUAUUAUAGGAGCUUUAGCAAAAUGCAAGUCGCCAGAGAUGUAUAGAACAUCUGUUUGGUGUGGUUAUCGUAAUAAUGAUUAUUUCCCUUGAGUUAUUGUGUAAAUUUUAGCUUGUAAUAUCGACUGAAGAUCAUGAUCUCGGACACAUAAAUUCAGAUCUCAAGGAGUUUAUGUAAAGUAGGUACGACACUAAAUAAACUGUGUAUUUUAAAUUUAAUAAUACAUUUUGUAUAUUAUGAA